GCUGGCAAGAGACGGGUGACAUAUUUUUCGACGAAACAACACACGUCAACCGAGCGCUACACCGAGAUCGCUUGUGGGGGUCCCCAGCGAGCAUGUCUGCGAGAUUGAACGCCCGUGGCAAGAAGCGCGACGUCGCGCUUGACGAAACCCAAGCCCAGGGGAAAGGUCGGCGGCACGUCCCGAAGGCGAAGAUGCUACGUUUGGAUGACGCGUCAGCAAGCGUGCCUCAUUGUGGUGCGCGAGGUUGGGCGCAAGCCGCAGAAGAGGUCAACGACGAUGAUUUCAUGACGGAGGACGAUGAAGGCGAGGCGACGGCGUCUACAGGAUGGGAGAGUGCCAGGCAGCGUACUCCGGAUCAGAGCGCUUCGAAGAGGAUGUCAACCCCUCUGCCGGAGGCGCAGCAGCUGCGUGUCCGCGAAACGUGGAAAGAGAAGGGUGCUGUGGUGGACCUUGGCGGCGAAGACGACGAGCCUUUGGAAAAACGUCGCGUGCGCAGUGCGACACAAGCGACCAUAGCGGCGGUGUCGACGGCUCGCGCUGCGGAGGACGAAAGGCCGAUCACAGGUGCACUGCCCUGCACGCCGUCUCAGCCGCGUCAGCGCAACGACGGUGGUGACAGUGCGUCUCGCCAACGAGGUGGUGGUGGGGGACUCGUGGCAGACGCGCGUGCAGCAGGGGGCGAGGCGGCAGGUGGCGCGGGUAUGGCUGUUGCAGGUGUUGUCCCUCCCGUUCCGGCGGCGAGAGAGGUGGCUGCAGUACCAGCGACGGUGAGAGAGGAGGGUCGUGGACAGAACACGAACCAACGGGAUGGUGGCGAGGCCGCUUCAAGCCGGGCACGCAAGGGAGUCAUGACGAAAGACCUUAUCGAUCGUGCGCUUCUUUGGGUGGAUGACAAAUGUUUCUGGACAACAGGUGAAGGACGCAGACUUUACAACAUCGUCCACGAAACCAAAGAGUACUUCGUCGCCAUCGCCAGCGGCCUUCCGCCACCUGAACUUCCGCGGAGCGUUGUCGUCCCCAAAUCCAGCACGAGGGUGGCGAGGAUCGCAGACCAAUCACGGCUCCAGCAAACGAUCUCCCGUGCGGCGGCGGUGGAGAAUAUAGCUCUGCGCAUCUUGCACGGCUGGGUUUUAAAGUCCGGGAACCGCCCAAGGGGGUACCACCUUGCUUUCCAGUACUCGUUGGAGUCAGUAGCGACGGACAUUGCGCGUGCAAUGUGGUACGGCGAGGAGUGGCGCAACGUCGUCAGCGCGCCGAUCUGCGCCCACACGAUAGAUCUUAACAUGGACCUUCCACUGUGGCUGUUGCUGGCGGCGUCCAUGUGGAUUAUGCGCAUGGCGGGAGACGAUUCGCGCAGUCACUUCAAAGCAUUUUACUUCGCGGAUCUCGUCGCGAGGCCGACACUAAUCGCCUCCAUGCAUCGGUCCUUCGAUCAUCGACGAUCCGUCGUCCACGCCGCGAACGUCAUCACAAAGAGGCUUGGGAAGGCGAAAGCCACGCUCGGAGUGUACCCCGACUACAUCCCUGAUUGGGUACCAUGCGGCAUCGGAUUUGCGCACGACGCGACCAUCAAGGGGCCGAAGGAUGCGGAGAGGUUGGAUUGGUUGGGUUCGGGCCCCGCCGAUGAUGACAUCAAAGGCGAACGAAAAGACGACGUAUAAGGCGGGCUGGUAUGCGGGGGGAGAGCGGGGAGACAAUGCUUCUAAGAACG